AUCUAAACUUUGUCAAGAUGGCACCAGUUGUGGAUAGACCUCGAACCUUUACGUGGCAGCAGCUAGCAGAACUGAACCAGAGACAUAAUGUUCACGUCGCAGUCCGUGGACGAGUCUAUGACCUUACCAAAUUUAUUGACAAACAUCCAGGUGGAAUAGAUCAGAUGUUGCUUGGUGCUGGACGCGAUGUAACUCAAGUGUUCGAGAUGUAUCACGACUUCUCCGUCCACAAACUCCUAGAUAAGUUCUACGUGGGAGAUCUAAUCACCAAUGAAUUUCCUGUGUAUCCCGAGUCUGGGGAGUUUGCAAAAACCCUGAAAAAGAGAGUGAAAGACCGCUUCAAGGAACUUGGAAUGAGUCCUAAAGAUGCUCGUUGGACACUACUUCGUUACUUCUGGAUUUUACUGGGUGUUGUAGUUUUCUGGUAUCUGCAGACAUUUGUGUACAGCAACUGUUUAAUCGGAUGCUUGAUCGUGAGCAUCGGUCUUGCCGUAUUCAAUGGUUUAGGUUCACUCAAUGUCCCACAUGAUGCAAGUCAUUUUGCUGUGACACAUAAGCCAUGGGUGUGGAGGCUUGCGAGUUUAUGGCACGACUUCAUCAAUGGCAUGUCUCAGACAGUUUGGAAUCAUCAGCACACAAUUGGACAUCAUCCUUACACCAAUGUCGAUCAUGCAGAUCCGGACAUCAUCACAGCUGCUAGUGAAUUGCCGGAUAUUCGUCGCAUAAAGAACUCACAGACAUGGCUGCCUCGCUACUUUCAUCAGCACAUUUAUGUCCCACUGCUCUAUGGCGUUCUGGCAGCAAAGACAAGGUUCCAAGACUUUACCAUACUCUUCAUGCUACGCAAGAACGGAAACAUAAGGCUUAGCAACCUGACAGCCUUGCAGUGGGCUGUGUUUUUCGGUGGCAAACUGUUUUUUGUUUUGUAUCGACUUGUAAUUCCCAUGCUGGCAGGAGCAUCGUUGCUGCAAGUGAUGUUUCUUCUUAUGUUUUGUGAUGCUAUCACUAGUUACUAUUUGGCAAUCACCUUUCAAGUAUCACAUGUCAGUGUUAAUGCCAAAUGGCCACUUCCUGAUAAGAAUGGUCUCAUCAAUGCCGACUGGUGGGAGAUGCAGGUACAAACAACUCAAGACUACGGAACAGAGUCAUGGUUUACGACUUACAUGUCUGGUGCUCUGAAUCAUCAAACCGCCCACCAUCUUUUUCCAGGCGUUGCACAGUGCUUCUACCCACUAGUGACACCUAUUGUCAAGCAGACUUGUGAAGAGUUUGGGAUUGAAUACCACAACUGUGGAUCAUACUGGAAUGCUGUCAAGUCCCACCUGUUUCAUCUCAAACAACUUGGUCGGGAGGCAGACGUGCCAACAGUUACACAAAUGGAUGAGGCAACAAGCAAGAAAGUCCAGUAGAACAGAUGUUCUAGAAACCCAGACAUUUUAUUCUUAUACUCGUCGCAUGGUCUGUGAUGAUUGAAGUGUCUUGUGCAGAAGAAUCUCAAUAAAACAAUUACAU